UGGAGGAAUCCAGCCAGCACCUCCCAACUGCUGCACGCAAUCCAAACAAAGCCAUCUUCACCGUGGAUGUCAACACAACAGAGGUUGUAGUUAGCAAAAUAUGCAAGACCGUAUCAGAAGCAUGCAUGUCUUGAGUCUUUUUUCAGCUGUGAAGUGGCACAAGGGAAGAAAGGAAAGCAGAAUGUUCUUCAAACCUUAUGUCUGUUAAGUGCCAACCCUGGGAUGGGUUUGUGGUAGCACAAGGCCUCUUUAUCUGCCCCAGUAAAUAUGCCUUUUGCAUUGGGAGGAAGAGAAUUUCUCUGUUUCUGUCCUGAGAGUAAACAUUAAUAUAAAAUUGAGUACUGAAAACUUUAAAGAGCUGUGCCAUUUUUAGCUUGACCUGACAGUUUGAGCUUACCCAUCUUAAUGGCAUUUAAUCCUGACUUGGUCACAGGCUUAAGUAUGUCAAUGACUGGUGUGAUUACCUUAUGCCUUCAGGUGUGGAUAAAAUUUUGUGGUCUGCCUAGGCUUUACUUGCAAAUAUAGCUUUGCAGUUUUGCCUCCAUGGAUGUAAUUAUUUAAAUGACACAAGAAGCUGGAGCUGGUAGGCAGUUAAAAGAAAGCAGGAAACCUAAAAGAAAGCAAUGUCUCCAACCUCCUUAACCAAGAAAAUGCGUGGGCAAGGGAUGUCCUAGAAUAAGAAGCUUUAGUGAACUGUUUUUUAAGAAUUCAGAUUUUUAAAGAACCCCUCCAUUUCCACCAAGAGGAAGGGAUAUUAUAAGACACUAAAGCAACAACAUGAGGAGAUGAUGAUCUAUUAACAAAACUUACUGCGUUUAUUCUUUGUUUUGUUUUGGUGGUUUUUUCUGCUUUUCUAGAUCCUAGUGGCUAAUGACAAAGCCUGCAAGCUGCUUGGGUGCAGUAGUCAGGAAAUCAUUGGUCAAAAGCUGUCCUGCUUGAUAUCCAAAUCCAGUCAAGAAGUAUGGGAAGCUGUGGGUGAGGAGUACAUAGAAACUGAUGAAUGUUCAUCGGUGGUUUCAGGAACUAUGUAACCACAGUCUUAGUAAAUUGUGACUACAUCUCUGAAUCCUAUGGAAAGGUGGAUAUUAUAGGCCGUCUCAAAGAGAAGAUCCCUGUCUCGGUCUGGCUGAGGCGAAUAAGAAGUAAGGACAGCCAGUGUUGUGUGGUUGUGCUGGAACCAGUGGAAAGACUUUCAGCUUCUGUUUCCUUCAGGGUUGACGGAGAGAUUACAUCAUGUGACCUCCUUUUUGCCCAUCUCCAUGGCUACCCAACAUUGGAAGAAGUAGUUGGGCUCCACAUAAAGGACCUGAUUCCUUCUGUGCAGAUCCCUCCUCUAGACAAAAAAAUCCCAAAGAACCUCAGGAUCCAGCGAGCUGUAGGCCGAUCCAGAGAGGGUAAUGCAUUUCCUCUCAGUUUAAAGCUGCAAGUAAGCCUUCUGGAGGAGGACCAAGCAGCAGUGCAGAAAGAUGGUGUUCCGCAGACAGAAAAAGAAGGCUCUUUCACAGGCUAUCAUUACUCUGCUACAGUCGUGGUUUUCUCCACCAUCAGUGGUCUUGUUACUGUCGAGUCAGAUGGAACCAUCUGUGGCAUCAAGGAUAGUUUUGCUUUAAUGCUCUUCGGCUAUGAGAAGAAAGAACUCUUGGGAAAGAACAUUACAUUCCUGAUCCCUGGUUUCUAUAACAACAUGGAGAGAAGCAGUGACUAUUCUUUGCCAUUACCUCCUCUUGACGACUCCAUGGGGACAGAGGGUGAGUGCAUCUUUGAAGAUGUUACUGCCUGCCAUACAACUGGCUCUGGCUGCUGGAACAAAGACAGCAGCUUCUUGGCUGCAUCUUUAGCAAGCCUUCUGUCAAGAGAUGAAGAGCAGAAAUUGCAACAAAGACACAAAGACGACAAAUUAAUACAUGAUGAAACUAAACAAAAGAAUGGGACUGGUUUAUUUUCUACUCUCUCACCUCCUGCAGUGGCAUCCACACCUUCUAAUAGCAAAGACAGCAUUGCUACCAAUGACCUGUCAGCCCACCAUAGAGAGCCUUAUCCUGAAACCUGGCUUGACAGAAUGAGAGCAGUGGAACAGUGUAGAACAGUGGAAAUGGCAGGAUCAAAUAAUUCUGAAAAGAUGCUCUCUGCAAGGCUCUCUCCCAUGUCAUCUGAUUCAGAACAGUUGGAUUUAGGUCAGAACAUGAAGAUUACAGUACAAAGCAGUGACAGUGCAGUAUCUGGUGCAUCUGAGACUCAAAAUGCCAGUGAGACUAGUAUCUUGCCUAACCAACUACAAGUUCGUCAUCAAAACCUCAAGGAAGUAAAUUGUCAGCAGGUCUGUAGAUUACCAUAUGAAAUGCUGAAGCAUCAGCACUCCACUGAUGCCUGGGAACAGGCUUCUUCAGCAAAUGUUGCCUGGUUGCCUGUUUAUUCUAGACUAGAAGGCAAUCUAGAUACUGCAUCCUAUGGCCCAAUUAAGCUGUCUUCUGAUGUUACUUGUAACUCACCUGGAACACCAACAAUAGAUGAACCAUUGUCUGGGGCAACACUGGACUACCAACAAGGCUUUCAAAGCCACAUGGUUACAGGGCAGCUGUCAAAAACAAACUUGAUGUGUGAUGCAAAACAUUCCAGCCUUGAGCAUGUUGUUGUUGAAAACUGCCUGCUAAAUGAUGCUUCAUCCUUCUUUGCAAAUGGAAGAAAUACUAUCCAUGAUGUUUGCUCAGGAAAUAAAAUGGGUUGCAGUGCUUCUGCACCAGGAGUUGCCACGUCCUCUGAAGAUGUUAAAGAAUCAGACACUGAGCUGAACUGUGUUUGCUCUGGUCUUGAGGUACUGGGUCUGAAUAUUGAUGUCAAGGAGAACUCAAACAAUUGUUUAGGUAUUACUGCAGCUCUUGCAGGAGCAUCCUCCACUAAUGCAGCAGACUUGGCUGUAGGCAAUAUGCUAACUCAGAAAAACAGUGCCUUUUCAACUGGGCAAGAAAAGCAGCUGUUGAAUGGUGUUGCCAUAGAAGAUGGUUCUGGGUGGCUGGCCUCCCGAAGGCAUGUAGAAAACUCUGAGGAAUCCUCCAAAGCACUUCUUGAGAAGCCUGAAACUCUUGCAGAGACUGUGGGGGACAACUUCAACAGAAACCCACUGGAAAGCAAAGGCAGUCCUGAAGAAGACUGUCAGUUGCAUGGGCAGCAAAAUAUGGAGAUAAAAGUAACAUCGACCCCAGUGAAACAAGAAGGAAGGCUGAAUCCAGCAGCUCCUUUGACCUUGGAGAUUCUAGAAGGCAGCUACACUGGGAAUUGCUGCCACAGAGAUGGUUCACAAUUAAGUAUACUCUUUGAAGUGAAACGUGUAGAACUGCAGGGCCACGCCAUACUUUUCUGUGUCUGGGUGGUGAAAGACCUUCUACAGAGCCAGAAGGAAGCUGUAGCAAAGAGACAGCUUUUGCUCUCCAGUCUAGCAAGCUCUGCCCAGUCUAUUGCUGAUCUUUCCACAAAUAAUCUUGGAGAAUCCAUCAGAUCAACCUCACUUUUUGAGAAUUCCCGAAGAGCUGAAGAGCUUGAAGGAUUAAGGGCAUGUGAGGGAGAAUACGCAAAAAAUUACAACACUCUCCAUCUUAUUGGCAAAGGAUCUUUUGGCUUUGUCUGGACUGCCAGGGGCAAGAAAGAUCACCAGGAGGUUGUCGUAAAGUUCAUCUGGAAGGAGAGGGUGCUUGAGGACUGCUGGGUAGAUGAUCCUGAUCUGGGGAGAGUUACUCAAGAAAUUGCAAUCCUGUUGAAGCUGCAGCACCCCAGUAUCAUUAAGGUGCUGGAUGUAUUUGAAAAUGAGCACUUCUUCCAGCUGGUGAUGGAGAAGCAUGGAUCUGGUCUGGAUCUCUUUACAUUCAUUGAUAAUCAGCCUAACUUGGAUGAGCCAUUAGCAAGCUAUAUAUUCAGACAGCUUGUAUCAGCUGUUGGGUAUCUCCACUGUAGAAACAUCCUUCACAGAGAUAUCAAGGAUGAAAACAUUGUCAUUGCUGAAGAUUUCACAAUUAAAUUAGUGGACUUUGGUUCAGCUGCAUACCUGGAACCCGGCAAAUUGUUUUAUACCUUCUGUGGGACAAUUGAAUACUGCUCACCAGAAGUGCUGUCUGGCAAACCGUACUAUGGCCCUGAGCUGGAGAUGUGGUCACUUGGUGUCACCCUUUACACCCUAGUACUGGGAGAGAAUCCCUUCUGCGAGCUGGAGGAGGCUAUGGCAGCUGUCCUGAAUCCUCCUCGGCCUGUGUCAAAAGGUCUCAUGGAUCUCAUCACCGGGCUUUUGCACCCUGUUCCAGAGCAGCGCACAACUCUAGCCAUGUUAGCAGAGGAUUGUUGGCUGAAGCAGCCUGUGAACCUGGGUGCUUAUAGCUGGGAAGAGGUGUACAUCUCUGCUGAGACAGAAAGCAGCAGAUUCCGAAACAGUUCCAGCGAGCAUGCACACAGAGACAGGCUCCCCACUCCACGCAUGGAGAGUGAGGCGUGCUUGAAUGGUCCCAGCUGUGAGCGUGCAGAUCCUUGCUGGGAAGAAGCAGCAGCUGUGGAGUGCCAGGGCUCAGCUCUGGGCCAUUGCGGCCAUCCCUCUCCACAGCACCCCAUGGAACAGUAACUCCCUUACUACAGGGGACAGGCUCAAGAGCCAACAGGAAUUAAUUGUAAGCGCUUCUCUCUUGCAGAAAGAUUGCUGCUGCUUCUCUCUUGUAGAAAGAUCUGGUGUUCAGCACUGAGUGGUAGGCAGGGCUGCUCUGCCUGGGCGGGAUUCUUCUAGAAAAGCUUCUCACUAAUAAUUGUUUAGAAUUAUUCUUAUACAGGAUGUGUUUUAAAGCUGAGAGGCGAAGAUUUCAAUGUCUUGCUUAAAUUGGUCAUAAGUUAGAAUGUAUUUUUAUUGCCUGUUUUUACUUUUUACAUGUAGUUUCACUCUUUCUGAAAAGUGAACGAAUAAACGUUGACUGCCCUCUGCGUGUGGAUGGGAGUUUGUGUGCACAAAGGAUGCCUCAA